UUUUUGGUCGCAGCUCUCUGAGUGCCGAGUUGCAAAAUGCAAUCAAGCCGAUCAUUCAGCUUUCUCUUGAAGCAGUAGCAAAAAGCUUCAUUCUGUGGUUGGUUCUGGCGACUCAGAGGACAACGAACUAUUCAGUCAUUCACUCUCGUACGAGUCUUUGGCGUCUCUGAGACAACGGUGCAUAACUUGUUGGCUGAGUUGUAAAGCCAAACUUGUCAUCGGUAAAUCACUGGAACAAGUUUUCUACACGCAGGCCUUGAUCAAUCCAGUCAACUGAGAAGUGUCAACUUCUCCAACAAACGGACCACGUCUUGUGUGGAGGCGUCACAGCUCAGCAUCUGUAGGUACUGAACUUGAGUCAUAGUUGCGGACUGACUCAACUGCAGGGCGGUGAGAGAGAAUCAUCAUGGAGUGGUCGAUCAUCCUUCCCUCGCUUCUGCUGCUCUUGGUGGUCGCCGGUGCCUUUCCCACCCCAGCCAACGACAAGACCUCCACCGGAACGGCAAGCAAAGGAGGAGCGUUCAACCCGUCGUUCGACGAGAUCGUAGUAGAAUCCAGUUUGACGGUGAGAGGCAAAUCAAGUCAGCGACAGGGCAAGAAGCUGGUAGUGGCUCCAACCGUUGACCCCGUCACCAUCAAAAUCGCCAGCGGGGUUCCACUGUCGACUGCCGCCUCCUCCCCCCUCUCUACCACCCCCACCACCCCUGUCACCCAAACCACUGCCACUGACUCUACAUCAUCAACACCAUCACCGUCAUCAGACAAACCUAGCUGAACUAUUUAAAAAUUGUGGGGAGACUAACAAUUGCGUACGGUGCAAUAAUGCCCUAUCAUCUCAAUGCGAACUUUUCAAUAAAUAAUAAUCAAUCCAGAUUUAUUUUAUACGGUAGCAUUAAUGUAGCAUAGCCUACCUAAAGAUUCACCAAACAUUUCUAAAGAGACUUUGAGAAUGUUUAGCAUACCGAUGAAACAUUAUGAUAUUAUGUUGAUGGUUCACAGAAGAUGAAAAAGUGACAUGGGAUAACAGUAAAUAAAUUAUAACUUUGAACGUUUUUAUGAUUAAUAAGGACUAGUAUCAAUUUGAUAGCAAUAAACUAUCGUAAGUUUUCCUUCUGAAUCUAUUUAUAAUAUUAUAAAUACAAAUUCCAAAGCGAAAAAAUUAGCUGUUUACUUGUCUGAUGAAGAUGAAUUCGAAGUAAUUUAGCGAUUGUUCGAUUCAAAAAGUAUAAUGUUAUAUUUCUCAAUAAAGAUAAUGCAUGAUGUGUUUCAUGUUGAUAUUUUUCGUAUCGAGAACCUCUCCCUUGUUUCAGAAUAGAAAUACAGUAGUCUACAUGAGGUUGUUUUUAAAACAACAAAUUAUUCCAAUUUUGAUCAAUGAUUGAGAAUAUAUAUUACGUGACUGUGAUCAUUUAUGUCGUAUAUUUCAACAACAAACUCGAAUUAAAUUCAAAAUGUUUAUGAAAAAGGACUAUUAUAAUUUUAUAUUGAUAGUUUUAUUCAAUAAUAAAGAUGUGGAUUAUUUUACUGUCA